AUGCUUAUACUUAUAUACCGCUUGAUUGGUCCCACCGGUCCUGCGUCAGGCGUCGCGCUGUUGGUGGGUGGCAAGACGGGAGUGGAGGUGGUGAUGCGGGCAGGCAGUUUGCGCAACUUUAAUUUGAAGGAAGGUGGUACUAGCCUUGUCCAACUCCAAGCCUUAUUCCACGACACAAGCGAGGUCUAUCGCCUGCGAAUUCUACGAGACCUCCGCCUUCUCUUAGCUGUGCCUUCUCUAGAGGACAACUACUUCUCCACCAGUCAACAAUGGCGCCAGCAUGAGUUGGACACUCCAUGUAAAAACCCACAGUUCCGUGUCUUCAAACCCCUCAAAUUCACUCCUGAGGGAAGUUUGGUGUGUGUGGCAUUUCCGCAAUCCGAGAACACAUUUACAGCACACGCUGACAGUAUCGUACUGCGCUCCACCGGAGUGGGACUCUUGGUGUCCCAUUUCGCCUCCGACGUCCCGCUCAGCAGAGCAGUGCUUGCCGUUGAACGCCUCAAGCUUUUUGCUUAG